CAUCUUUUGACUUCCACAUAGAAUAUUACACGAGGAUUUUAUUUACAUUGUAUAAACUCAGCUCUCUAAACAAUUAUCCACAAUGGCCCAACUUUUGGAAUCAAGUUUUUCGAUUCGUAAUUUAUUAGCAAACAAUGACGGUGUCAACCUAUCGCUAACACCACCACGAUCGGAUAGAUCCAUGUCACCGAAUGAUUCGAUGUCCUCUAAUGAAGAUAACUGUGGAGGUCGACCCAACUAUACAUAUAGUGCGUUGGUGACCAUGGCAAUACGUAGCAGUCCUGAGGGCAAACUGACGUUGAGUUCUAUACAAAACUGGAUCAGUGAAAACUUCCCUUACUACAGGAAAAAUGAGCAGGGUUGGCAGAAUCAGAUACGGCAGACGCUGAGCACGAACUCUUGCUUCUGUAAAAUUCCACGACCAAUGGGCGAUCCUGGGCGUGGAAAUUAUUGGACCAUUAGCCCAGAAGUAGGAGCAAUUCAUGCCCAGCACUCGGUUGUAGGCAGUGAAACAGUAAUUGGGGCGAUGGUGAAUGGUGUACCGCAUCCUCAGGCUCCAAAUGCUGUGUAUUUUCCCACACCGCACGAGGUACAGGGCGUCCAUCAGUCUAUGUUGGCUCAGGCGCUACAGGAACAGCAUGCCUGGUACCAAUAUCAUCUGCGACAAUCACAUCUACUACAACAACAACUGGCCGUCCUGCAACAACAGCAGAUUCAACAGCAGUACCAGGAAGUCUAUCAAAAAUUUGCCUUCCACCAACAACAAAUCGCUUUUCUAACGUCCCAGCAAGUAUCAGUUUAAGUAGUAUUUUUAGCAGUGUCGAAGUGUUGCCGCAGGGUGAAUUGUUUAUAUAUAUAUAAUAUUAUUUUAGAAUAAAUAUAUAAAACGUAAGUAAGGACUAGACUAAUACUGUUUAUAGUGUAAUUAUUGUUAAAUAUUUUAUUAAAUAAAUCAAAGCUUGUAAAAAUUAAA